GAAGCAUUAUCACAAGCAAGAUGUAACGCGCAUUACAGCGUAGCCGAGUUGAAAAUAGUGCAAAUAGAUUAAAUGAUAAUCAACACGUAAACUGCAAAACAGGACGAGAUCAGGUGCUCUGAAAGCAGACUUUGCAGUGUCAGUGUUGUCCUCAAGUAGCUUCUACUGCCCCGACAGGUCAUGUAAGGACAGGUUGGCAGCCAGCCGGCUUGGGAAACGAAUGAAUUUAGGGCCCGUUUUAACGUUUUUCAACCACACUUUUAUUUCUGGGCAGCGCGUAAGCUCAAUUUAACUCAUAAAGAGUAUAAUUCAGUGGUGAGAUAAUAUAUAAUUUAGCUAAUUUUAAGAACGAAAACGUUAAAGCAGCGAGAGUCGCCGAGGAAUGACGUCAGCACGUAACACAUUGAAUGAUGACGCCGUUUGAUCAUUAAAAAAAAUCAGCCGUUAAAAAAUAUCAGAGAAUUAGGUCAGCACAUUAACACAGGACUAACGACCACAAUAUGAGUGUAACUACCGUGUUUUAGCUUAUAUAAUUCUCUCAAAGGUGCGACCUGGGUGUAAAAUAACCUGCCCCAACGAGGAGAGCGAUGUCCGGUGUUCCCAGCAUCUGCAGACGGGAGCCGUAGCCGUUAGACCGGUCCGUCUGUCUGUCUGCCUUUCUCCGCUGGGUUUUGGAGACCCGCAAACCCAAAUAACGCUAGCUGCUGUAGUCCCGGCCAGGCUGUAACUGAAUUAUUAGCCGGGAGAAGGAGAGACACCACCAGACAGAACCAGAAAGCUGCUCUACCGAGACCCAGGAAAAUACUCGUCGCCUCGUCUCGACCGCCUGGUAGCAACACAGUGCACAUUUCAGUAGUUCCAAAGUCAAUAAUUCAAGGACUCACGUCGCAUGUGAACAGAACCACCUGACCAAAGUCAUGUGAGCCUCGACCCUUCUGUCCCAGAUCGUCUUUACUCAGAGUAGAAGUAAACAGAGUUUGCUUUGACAAUGUCGAGCCGCCGGAAAUCGACCACACCUUGCAUGGUGCUUCCCUCUGAUGUGGUGGAGCAGGAAGAGGUGGAGCAGAAAACAGAAAGGGCAAAGGAGGAAGAGGCGGAGGAAGAGGAGGGGAAGGUAAAGGAGGGAGCAGAGGAGGGGUCGACUGCAGAGGAGCUGGGUCAGGCAAUAGUGGUUGUCCCCGCCCCACCAAAUACAGAUGAGCCCAGUGUCUCUGCUGUAGAAGACAGUGAAGUACCCGCUCCCUCACUGAAACGCAGCGCCACAAACCCUCCAGAUGAAUCGAGCAGCGACCAGCCCACCCAGGAACAACAGUGUGAUACAUCCGAGGAGGGAGGAGCAGACCCUGCCACGGUUGCUGCCAUUUCCCUCAGCAAGACGCCCAUUAUGAGGAUGAAGACCAAAUCUGAACCCAAAAGGAUCGCAGUGUCCCUAAAGUCAGCAGACGAGGCGGUGGAGGGUUUUGGAGCUGGUGGUGAGGGAGAAGUGGGCGGAGAGCAGGAACCUAUCGAAGCUCCUCUUGGACCAAUGACGCCUGUGGAGAUGCUGCUGCAUGAUUCCAUGAAGCUCGGUGGAAGCGGCUUGCUGGUCAGUCCAUCUUCAGAGCAGCAGAGGAAAUCAUCCUCCAUAAACCCCACAGUUCUGCCUGCUGGACUGGCACAGGUGCUGUCUGCUUUUCAGGCACAGCAGAGUGCAGCAGCAGCUCAGCCUCAGCUGCUGAUUCCCCUCAGCAGCAUCCCCUCCUACAGUGCAGCUAUGGAUACCAAUGCCCUGCUAGGCAACACAUACAAGAAGUUUCCUUACCCUUCCAUGGCUGAGAUCAGCAGCCUGGCAGCACAGACACAGUUCACAGAGGAGCAGAUCAAGGUGUGGUUCUCAGCCCAGCGACUGAAGCACGGUGUGAGCUGGACUCCAGAGGAAGUAGAGGAGGCCAGGAGGAAACAGUUUAAUGGCACGGUGCACACUGUUCCUCAGACCAUCACUGUCAUACCUGCUCACCAGCUCUCAGCAGCUGCUAACGGCCUGCAAUCCAUUCUUCAGACCUGCCAGAUAGUGGGCCAGCCCGGCCUGGUGUUCACACAGGUCGGCCCAGGGGGGCACCUUCCAGUGACCAGUCCCAUCACUCUGACAGUGGCGGGGCUGCCCAGCCAGUCCCAGAGCUCCAGCAGAGUUUCCUGCCAGCCCACCCCAACAAACAGUGAGCUGAAACGGGCUACCACUGUCCAGCCCCCUUCUCUUUCUCCACAGGAGAACUCCGCCCUCAGCGCUGACACAUUCAGUUUGCGACCUAAGAAGUCCAAAGAGCAGCUAGCAGAACUGAAAGCCAGCUACCUGAAAAACCACUUUGUCACUGAUGCAGAAAUCGCCCGGCUGAUGAAGCUCACCAACCUCACAAAAGGAGAGAUCAAGAAAUGGUUCAGUGACACCAGGUACAACCAGCGCAACUCCAAGAACAGCCAUGUCAUUGUUUUCCAUGAUGGAGGCAGAGGAGGGGGCAGCUGUGGUAGCAGCACUAGCACCGCCAUAGUUAUUGACUCAAGCGAUGAGACCCCCACAUCUCCCCAUCCUCCACGCACUCCUCCUGUGAAGGAGAAGGAGACACGGCCCAAAACUUGGAAUCCUUUCCCAGAUUUUACCCUGCAGAAGUUUAAGGAGAAGACUCCGGAGCAGUUGGUGGUGCUGGAGGAAAGUUUUGAGAAGAGCAGCACCCCAUCAGAUGAAGAACUGAGCCGUCUGAGGACAGAGACUAAACUGACGCGGAGGGAGAUUGAUGCCUGGUUCACAGAGAGAAGAAAAAUGCCACCUGCCAGUACUUGCUCCCCAGAUUCUUCAGAGGGUGGAAAGAUAGAGGCAGAGGGAGCAAAAGCGGGAGAAGGAGGAGCAGGAGCCAGUUCUUCUUCUCCUACUGCCUCCUCAUCUCGUAAAGGUAGUCUAACUCCUCCUGGCAGUCGCAGUAAGCAGCUGCCCGGCAGCAGCAACAAAGACAUGAAAGAUAAGAGUAAAAAGACUCCGGAGCAACUCCAUAUUCUGAAAAGUGCCUUUGUGCGAACCCAGUGGCCCACACCAGAGGAGUACGACCAGCUGUCAGAAGAGAGCGGCCUCCCUCGGUCUUACAUCGUCAGCUGGUUUGGGGACUCUCGGUACUCAUGGAAGAACAGUAACCUGAAAUGGUUCUUCCAGUACCAAAGUGGCAAUGUGGAAGGGCCAAAUGGUGGAGGAAGCAAUAAAAUGGGAGGCACUGGUCGAAAAAGACGUGGCCGAAGUCGUGGCUGGGGGCGGUCCAGAACCAGAAAGCAGCCAAGAAGGUCUGCCUCCUCCAGUGCAGAUUUGGAUAGAGCUCCUUUGCCAAGGAAAUCAAAGAGCGGGAGGGAGAUUCUGAAGGAGUACUACCUGAAGUACCGUUUUCUGAAUGAGCAGGACCUGGAUGAGCUCGUCACUAAGACCAACAUGAGCUACGAACAGGUGAGGGAGUGGUUCGCCGAGGUCCAGCGACGCUUGGACAUGGGGUUAGAUCCCUUCCAGGAGGCGGCUGCAGGAAGGACAGACGGAGAUGGAGAGGGAGGGGAGACGCAGGGAGAGGCGUCAGCAGCCACUGAGGAGCAGGGCGGUGCAGGGGCGGGAGACGAGGACGAGGAUGAUGAUGAAGGAGAGGAGGAGGAUGAUGGCGAUGAUACGGACGACAGUGAGGUUUGGGAGCCGUCACGUAGCGUCAGGAAAUCCUUGUCGGUCUCUGAAGACUAAUGAUUGUGGAGAGCACAGUGAAACAUUACAGAAUGUUAAAAGAGAAACGGUGGCAUGAUUAAUGCUGGAAGACAGCUAGUUAAACCAAGUCCUUUUGCCACUGAUUUGCAUAUGUGCUCAUUCGCAACAUGAAUUCACCGUAAUUAACUAUUUCUGACAUCAUGUCUACAUGAGACUAACACAUGGACUAUUAGCUUUAGCUCACUUUCUCAAUACUUAUCCACUGUAAGUAACGUGUAACAAUUUCAAAAAGAAUCAUGCUAAAGAAGGAAUUUUUUUAGCAAACCCUAGCGCACCAAACUUUGAUAAAGCUUAAAAAGGAACACCAUGAAGUGCAGUCUUCAAGCUGAAGAUCUAACCUGUUGAGAUGUAAUAAUUACCCAAAAAGAUGGCAUUUGAUCGCACCUGAUGAAUACUGACUGAGGUUUUAAUGUCGACCUUGCCCCCCUGUUGAAUUUGCACUCCUUGCUUUCUCAAAAGAAGCAAGUAAGGGAGAUUCACUUACACAAUUAUGCUGCAUUUCCUUGGAGCCUGUUCUGAACACAGCAGGCCUAAAUUCAAACUUCAAACUCCAAUGUUAUGAAUGUGUUACCCCUUGUCCCAAACAAAAGUGCGCGCGCACACAAACAAACAUACACACACAAAAAGACUUUGUUGUGUGUUUACAAAGGUGCUUAAAAACGUAUCACAGCUAGAUGUCACUGCUGAGCAAUGUCCCAGUGAAACAAGCAUACAUCUAUUUGUGGAACUGCUUGAUUUUACAUGUUACAGUAUCUUUUUUUUCUAGCACCUGUCACAUCAUUGCAAGGAACAGAUAUGAAUCAGCAGGUUGUUUGAGCUGAUUGAUUAUGACACUGAAAGUCGGGCGUUUUAUCUCUCAGAGGUAAAAUUCCUAAAACGAUAUGAGACAAAGCACCUUACUGCUGAAUGAAUGCCAAUGCCAUGAUGCUUUUAAACGCAGGAUGUCUACUCAAGUCUUCCCUUUAUAGCUUGUUGUUUCAUUAUUAUUAUUAAUAGUAUUAUAGAUUUUUUAACUGGACACAUACAGAUCUGAUGGGGAAAUGCCACAGUGUGUGGUUAGAAUGCACUGCUAGUAAUGUUUUUAAAGUCAUUUUUCACCUUUUGAUAGAACACAUCCUGUGCUAAGGGUGAUUCAGACAGUAGGCUGUUGUUCCAAAGUUGAAUGUGUGGUCUCCUGAGCAGUGAGCUGUAGUUUACAAAGCACCAUAUGUGAACAAAAUAAUAGCCACCGCGAGGCAGAUAUCUGGGUCCACAGAAAUAAUAAUAGAAACAAAAUGAAUGCUGGAGUGUUUCAUUUAGAAAUAACUGUUUGUGGGAUUCUAAUGGGUUGAAUGGAUGGUCUGAAUUUGGGGAUGCAGCAUAGCAAAGUUUUCCCCAAGCCAUGUAAAUGUAAGCACCUACUGCAGCUCCAGUGUACAUUUAGAGUAUGUCAAUCCACAAGUUCUCACCUAUACUGCAAUCACCACCAGAUCACCAACACCUUGCCUUUAGGUUUGGGCUCAUUUGCUCAUGUCAAACAAAAGGCCUAUGAAUCUUUUUGGGUGUUGAGCCUUUCUUUCAAGAAACACAGUUAAAGUGGAAACAGACAACUUUUACCCUCCUAGCAUUUCCAAGUGGUGUUAUCGUUGGCACUGCUGUUGCAAAGACUGUCGUGUCCAGAUGGUAACCCCAGAUUCACGAAAAUCUCCCGCAAGAUUUCAUCUUUUGUGAUUCUAUCAUUUUAACCCAAACCAUUAUCUUUCCAAACCCUAACCAACAGCUUUUUGUGCCUAAGCCUAACCAAAACUUUGUCACACCAUAAAACAGCGAGACAAGAAUAUUUUGAAGCGGCUCGUUUUGAAAAUCUAGGGUUACCUUCUCACCAUGACCUGCAAAGACAACCAGAUUGCUUUCCAUUUUCCUGAGAGCCUAACUACCAAAAACACAGGACACACUGUAUUUUGUCAUAACGGUUCCACUGUCUGCCCAUUUCUUCUACUGGGGAAAAAAACUGCAAGGAAUUUAAACUGAUAAUCUUGGAUAACUUGAGAUAUCUGCAGCCACUGGGAAAAAAUGUAAGAGCUAUCCUCCUCCUGUUUUGGUUGCACAAUGGUUGAUGCACUUACUUUGCGACUUACAAGUUUUCAUUUUCCUGAGAUUGUACCUGGUGGCAGACAGAAUUGCUUAGUGAAAGAGGGGCUUACAGGGAACCAGUCUGAACGCAGAUGGUGUAUUAUUCUAUAACCAGUACAUUGUGCAAUCAGCAUUUACUUCUUAGUGAUAAGUUAAAGCAAAAAACUUGUCUAUUUCCGCUUUAAACACUAUUUCAAAUAAUAAUUUGAUUCCAGUCUGCACUGAAGAGACAAACAUGAAGCACCUAAACUAAACUUUAAAAAAUGCACUUUGUCCACUUGUAUACAUGGUGGACUAAAUCCUGAUUUGGCACCUUAAUCUCUUAUUAUACCAUAAAAUGGCUCUGAGAGACCAAAUCUGUUUUGUAUGACUUAAAACUGAACCAGUAUUUUGCCUUUUUUUAUCAUCUGUGUGUUUUCAAGAGGAGGAAUCAGUUUAUCCUUUUUUUCUAAAAUGAUUUGUUGUUUCUUAGUUGGAUGUUUGUAAGGCUCAAAAAACCUGUAUAACAAUCACCCAUGUCUUUUUUUGCUAUAUUGCACAAUUCGAGCCCCAUUUUUAAGCUUUUCUCCUUUUGAAAAUGCACAGCUGUGAUAUUUGUUGUCAUGUUUUGUAUUGUUGCUUUAAACCAUGGGAGUUGUCUUGGACCUCUCACCCCUCUCCUCCAAUCUACUUUUGUAAAAUGAAUGCUUAGACUUAUGAUGUGCACUUCCCAAGACAUGUUUCUAUUAAUGAUAGCAGUGUCCUGUUGGUUCCGUCUCCUUAAAUUGUCUACAACAUCAGACUACGGACAGACAGGGCUAUAGGGACAUCUUCAAAAGAAUGAAACUGUCAGAAACGUCUUUAAAAUUUUACUUUCUCUCAUUGUGAAGAAGCAGCACAGCAUUCCCUCUGUGGUGAAAGUCUACCAAAUAAUGCUCCUCUUUCUAACAGUUUUCCCCCAUGCUUUACCACAAUGAAUUGACUGGACAAUAGCCUGAAAACUGUCCUGACUACGGUUCUUCACAAAUAGAGGAGAGACUCUGAUGAAGCUUUGCAGAUAAACCUAUGUGCCUACAUGGCUCGUACGCUUGUUUGAACAGAAUUUCACCGACUCUUGACAGAAGAUGAGAGAGAAUUUGAAAUUCCCCACUGUUGGGUGAUUCGUAAAGAAGGCUUGUUCAAACUAAGUUGUGAUGCAUGACCGAGCUCUGCUUUCUGCCGACGCUAAAAGAUGCCUAGAAACUCUGAAGUUGACAUUAAGUCCUUAAACGGAUACCUUGCUGUUCCGAAUUGUAAUGUAUCUUUUUCACCAGGCACUUUUCACACUACAUGUUGGCACCUUAAGCUGUCUAAAAAGCAAUUUAAUGAGUAACCUUGAAAGCAAUGUUGUCUUCUAGCUGAAAGAUAGCUGCUAUGGCUUGUUUAUAGUAACUGAAGGACACGUGUGUGACAAGUGCUUGGUCAUGAAAAAUAACAAAUUCAUAAUGUUAAGGUAUAAGUUUUGUCUAAUACUGCAUGCAAUAAUUAAGACGAACAACUGCUCAUUUUGUACAUACAAUAUUUUGGGUUGGUAUACUUGGUACAGUAGAAGCCUAAUCUGGGAUAAGUUCUUUGUGUAGCUUUAAUAAUACCAGUUUCUUUCUAUUACUAAGUUGACUGCAGCCAUGUUUCUGUUUUCUUUUAAAAACUGUUUUUCAAUUUAUGGACACAGCUUCAGUUACUCUGGACUAUUUUAUCACCAUUGCAGUCAUUGUACAGCAAACAUUUUGUGGCCGUUUGUUAAACCCUGGUACUACACGUUCUACAAACUGGCUGUCUGCAGUUAGCUUGUUUGAGUCCACAGGUUAGGCUUAUUCCUGCCCCCUGGGUAUCCAGCCCACAGUCUUUUACAGUGUGCUCUGUCUUUACUAUAGUCAGUCUGUUUUGAAUGGUUUUAUAUGUUUCUAUCUAUGAAAACUGUCUUUACAACUUCUUUCCAGACAUCAGUGGAUUGCUUGUUGACAAGAUCGACUCAUAAAAUAUGUACAAUACAGUAGUGUUUUUUGAAAUAGAAUCACUUUUAGAGUGCGGCCGGUGUUGCCCAAGUGGCUUUUUGGUACUUUGUUGCAAAAAUUAUAAAGUCAGAACUCAAUAGAAAAGACAUGCACAUAGUUGAAGGUGUUACUAAAAAUAAUGCCUUGGUCGCACUGGGAAAUUGAUUUUUUUUUUUAUUAAUAAUGAUGUCUCCAGAAUUGAGGCUCUACAACGAAGUUGAUUUAAAAAUGGUAAAUUAAGUGCAACAGAAAAAAAUAUUAAAAAUUAAUGCAGUUGUUUAAAGGGGCACGGCAAACAUGAAAUUUACUUGUUAUGAGGAGUACAACUAAGCCUAUGAAAACACAGCUUUGUAGUUUCUUAUGUGGCUCUGGAGGGAGCUUUCUAAAAUUAAAAAAUAACCCUGAUUAUGUUGUAGUAAUGCCAUCAGGGUUAUCUCAGUCUUAAAGGUCUAGUGGGUAGGAUGGAGGAGGAUCUAUUGGCAGAAACUAAUAUAAUAUUCAUAAUUACGCCUUUAUCAGUGUAUAAUCACCUUGCACAAAUAGAACAAGCCAUUUAUAUCUACAGUACAUAGCAUUGAAGUAGAUUUUGGGAGGAACGCAGGGGACAUGUAGUCCUCAGUAUUUAGACAGGGCUUUUAUUUUGACAAAGUUAAAGAAAUGUACACCAUAAAUUGAUGCAGAAAUUGUGCAAAUUGGUGAUAAAGAAAUUCACAAGAAAGCAAAGUGUUUGAUACUCAAAAUUUUCUGGCGGAACACCCCCAAAACCCAAAUUUUACUUGGGUUCCCCUCAAUGUUGAAAUGAAACUUACGCUCCUGCUACAUAGGGAGCAGGUCCACCAUGUUUCUACAGUAGCCCAGAAUGGACAAACCAAACACAGACUGUAGAGAAAGCUUUUUGCAUUCUUACAUUGAAGUGAAGGCCACCGUAGGUUCUCGCUCAUGCUUGGAAAGGAAGGGGUGAUGGAAGAGGUAUUCAGUUGGUUGCAGUCCACAACCUCACCAAUAGAUGGCACCAAAUCCUACACACUAGAGCUUUAAAAAAUCAUAACUGUCAACCUGCACUAUACACAGGUGUUGUGCGGUUUAACUAAAGUGGGCAUUUUUUGUGGCUUGACCUAAUGAGACUUAAAGUCAGGAUUUUUCAGCCUCAGUUGCACGUAUUUAGACCAUUGUUUUUUUAUUCUGUCCCCCGACAUAGAAUAUUAGCACUAAAUAUCUUGAGUACCCCGUUAAUGAAUUUCUGUCUACAACUGUCCAAAAAACCCUCAGUUUUAAACAUCAUGUAUUUAGAUAGAUUUCCCAGGUUGCUAAGGUGCCAUGUCUUCUCCCUGAGUUGUGAUUUUAUAUCCAGCAGUCAUCAUGUAUCCCAGUUAACCUUGUGCAGUAGAGCUAAGAGCUAACCUUGUGAUCUGAGUAGUUUACCUGAUGUCCUAUUGUGCACACGUCAUGUCUGUAUCCUUCGCUAUACUUCUGCUAUAGUCUUCACUCGUUUUCUGUAUUUAGACAGGUAGUUGGUUGAAUGUUUCUUACAGCAAUCAGAGAUUCAAAUGUUUUCACUAUACAGCAGCCAGCUUUUUUUGGCAACAAAAAAUACACCUUGUCAGAACUGUAAUAUACUAUAUGUAUAAAUGUUUUUUUAAAUC